AUGGGGAAUCGCUAUGGAAACACAUACGAUGCUUCGUUCCAUCUAUUGAACGAAUUUUGCCACAUUUUUACGUUGAACGUCAAACUCUGCUCAAUGAGUGCCAAUAACAGUGAAGAAAAAUAUGACGCAUCGAAGAAAAAAAUGGCUUUCGUUGAAAGAGAUCUUUAUUUAAAACCAUUGCUCAGGCUGAAGCAACAGGAGGAUAUCUUGGAGAAAGGACUUAUUGCUGCGAUUGAAAACAUUAAAUUAGAUUCGAAUUUAUGGCGGGAGGUUGUUCACGAGUAUAAAGAAAUGACAAUGAAAAGGCAGAAUUUGUUUAACGCUAUGUAUAAAAAUAUGGAAAAUAUCUCUACGGAAAUGGAGUCUGUGAAGCACAUUGCAAGACAUCCGGAAGAAAUACAAAACCUAGAUAUAAAUACGUACAAACUAAAAUUGAUCAAACUUUCGCAAAAAAUGCAGGAUUUGAAGAAAUCUUGCUGCAUCGAGCCUCUAUUGCAGGAACAGGCAGUUCUCGAGGCUGAAUUACGCGAAUUUCAGCCGAGUAUUCAAAAAUACGAGAAUAUACAGAAGAACGUAACAUCUUCGGGCUCGAACAAAAUGGAGACUAAAAAAGAGACUCAAGAUUACAAGGACGUUCAUGAUUUCCAUGCACUGGUUGCACUAACCGGGCAUACCGGAAACUGGAGCAUGGAGGACCAUCUAUUUUUUCUAAAAAUGCGAAAAAAAUGCGAGAACGUUCCAGCUUUGGUAGCAGCUAUCCAAAAGAAAUAUCCGGAUUUGUCCGUGGAAAGUAUAGUGAACCACGAAUCAUGGUACAAACAGUACGAAAAUUUGCGCGAGAAGCAGAGGGCAGCGGUGACGGAAUGGCGGAAGCGGAAAGAGCGAGAGAAAAUGAGGAACAUCGAGCAACUUGAGAAAAGUACGAAUCUUCGCGAAUCGGAGGAUGUUUCGAACGAAAUGGAUAAAGGAAAGAGGAUGACCGUUUCGAGAAAAGUGAAAAGCUGCCCGGUGGAGACGAAAAGAACAAACGAAAGCGCUGGUUCAAACACAGUCGAGAAGAAGGAGUUGAUUAGAAAAUGGAGAAUGGAGAAGGAGAGCAAACGCUCGAUGGACGAGGAGCAAUUAAGAAUGCAGGCCAAGCUGAAACGAGAAAUAGAAGGGAAUAAAAGACAGAAAUAUCGAGAGAAGAUCCAGGAAGCUUUGGAGGAGUAUAGAAGGAAGAAAUCUUUUGAAGGUGCAUCGAAAGAGUUAAAUGAACGCUGGAAAGAAAAGUACAAAUUCGAUGCAACGUUAAUUAAAGCGUUCAGGAAACAGGAUGAAGAAUACACGAAGAAAAGAAGAGAUCUGAUCGAGCGUUCAAAGAAACCUAGCAAAAGCGAGACAAUUGGUAUAAAGAAAAUGGAACUGGUGGAUGCAAGAACUUAUUCCACAUUUCUAAAAAGCACGAAAGUUUGGAGGGAAAAAUGUAAGGCUACGAGCUGGACGAAUCAUUCGGAUGAUACUCGUUACAUCAAAGAUAUCCCAAGGAUAUGUAUCCGAUGGAGGAACGAAGAGUCGGAGGAUUUAAAUAUCUAACACGUGUUAGCUCACAGAUUGAAGAACAUCAAAGUAAAAUUACAACAUAUAAUUAAUAUUAUAAUUCAUCUGGUAACUAAUGCGACUCUGAAAAAAUAUUCAAAGAAGGAUUAUGCAGCUGUUUUUUAUAAAAACAGAAUAAGUGUAUAUAUUUCCAGAAAGGAUAAUUAAAUGAUUUUCUGCAAGUAAACGAUAAUGAUAUGUUUCUUACUACCCCUCCGCUAAACUAAUAUUUUUUUUUUUUUUUUACCUAUAAUAACAACAAUAUUAUUAUAGGUACAAUUAAUAGUGUAUUAAUAUAUUUUAAUUCGUCGUGUAACAACGUAUAUUUACAGUAGCUUGUACUUACUUCGUGUUCGAAGCCCUCUCCGAGUUCUUCAGAGUCGCUUCGUCGCUACAGACGAACGAGAGACAUUUUUCCUAUGUAUCUUUUGUACUUCGUUUCCAAAGCGGCGUAUCAAAUAUUCUCUACAAUAAUUAACAGUCUUCCAAGUGUUCACGGGGGUCGAUUGGAAACAAAUGAGACAAGAAAAAUGAGAAUUGAAUCCAAGUGUCGCAAGUUUCACACCCUCCACCUGUGAUCCCUCCACCCUAUCAACAGAAGAAUCUUUUUUUUUGUUUUUAUUUACAAUCGUUAAUAAACAGGCUCUUUGUCGCUCGUUUGCCCAAGGAAUCCGGAAGAUGAAACUCGCAGGACGCGUUGAUCGCUUCUGAGGGUGAUUCACCAUUGAAAACGCGACCUCAGCACAACACGACGCAGCUUUUUUCAAUGAUCCUAAUUAAAAAAAAAUAAUAAUAAUAAUCAUAAUUAUAGAUGGUGUGAAGGGCAAGAGGGAAAUGAACGAAACCGAUUGAUACAUACUUAUGUUUAUUUUUUCUUUACGAACGUACCGGUUUUUUUUUUUCUUCAGACGAUGUACAUAAUAAGUUAUGAGUAAAAAAAAAAAAAACGAGCGUUGGCAUUAUCCAGGACAAUGGUGUGUACCGAGUAAUUCUAAAAAUAAAAAGAUGGAUCACUUUAAAAUUGAUUCCCACCCCGAGGACCGCUUGAAAUUGUUUCCUGAGCGUGUUUCCAAUCAAGGAAUGAAAAUGAAAAGAAACUGAAACAACAGGAAGAAGGCGAGGAACAACUUAAACGACGCGAAAAAAGAUAAAUUGUAUUACAAGAGACGAUUCCUUUUGUGUUCCCAUCCCUCCCCUGAAAUGAUUUCGAUCGUGGAUAACACCAAUUCUCCAACAAUUUUUACUCAAAUAUAUAAUAUAUACUUUCUAUGAACCUUCUCUGUUCGUUAAUUCGAUAUUCCUUUUUUGUAGCUUUUUUUUCUGUUCUUUGUCUUCGUUAGAUUAGCAAAUACAAAAACAUAGGUGAUACAAUAUAUAUAUCUAUGUAUAUAUAUAUAUAUAUUUAUAUGUAUAAUAUUAUAAUACAAAUGUGCCUCGUACUGUGCUGAGUACGAUUCGAGGAGGAGCGACAAGUGUCCUCUUUGCUCCUUUUUUUUUUUUUAAUCUCCGCCUCUUUUGCAUUCACAUUUGUCGCGAACACGCUUAUCCGAAUUUAUUAAUCGCUAAUAUAAACGCCUAUUAAAGAUCACGCGUCUCUCCCUUUUUAAUUCUCGAGCUGUGUAUACAUACAUAUACACACACUAUAUAUGUAUACACGCAACGUAAGAAAUAUAAUCGCGUUUAGAAUUUUACAACGUUACACCUCUUCCUUUCCACGUAUCAUUUUUUUUUUCUUUCUUUCUUUGUUUCCUAAAAAGUUUAUUACAACGAACAAUAAAAGUGUCUCGUGAAACGGCAUCGCCUCUUGUGUCUUAACAUUUAGUCCCUCGCACUCUCAAUAACACUCAUUCUCUGCCAAACAAUUCCUUCCACCUCCUUGUAACCCAGCUUCAUUAUUAUUAUUAUUAUUAUUAUUUUUUUGUAUGUUUGUUUCUGUAUAAUAAAUAUGUACACGCGAACAUUUUGUACAGUUGCAAAGACCUCCUUUGAUCCUAGAUUUUUUUCAACCCCGGUUAAUAACACUUUGUCUUAUCCAUCCCUCGGAUUUCGCACCCUUUCGUUCGUAUAGGCGCAACAGGUGGUCCAAUAUUCCAGGAUUCUAUGUUUUUUUUUCCACAGGAAUUUCCAGCAUCCAUAGUCCGCGACGUUCGACUCGUGGAAAGGGUGCCACGCGUCCCUUUUACGAUCGGCAGGGUGCUUACAAAGGGUGAGAUCUUUGUAAGUUCGAGCGUAAAACUCGUCUCUUUAAUUUCUACUAGCAUUGCACAGUUCGGGGACGGUAAAUAAAAAAUAAUGAAAUUCGAGUUCUUUCCUGUUUAAGAUCGGGCGAUACCCAAAGGUUCGUUAAAUAAAUUUUCCAUAAUUUUGAUGCAAGAAAUGAGCGCGAAUUGUUCGAUCAAACUAGAGAAUUUUAUUUCCUCACUUCUUUAUAAUUACAAUAAAAUAAUUCCUUUCAGACGAUUGUGUUUGGGUAAAUAAAAAACACCCAUCUCCAAUGACGGUUUUAUAUAAAAAUAGUAAAUCUAAAUUAUCAAUGUAACGAAUGAUAAACGAUUUGAAACGCAAUAAUUAAAGUAGAAAGAUUAAUAUGUAAGCGAGUAUUUAAAAGAAAAGAAAAGAAAAGAAAAGAAAAGUUCCUGAGACGAUUUUCAUCGCGCGCAUUCCUUGCGUUCGCGGUUAAACAAUAAUCGAAUGAAUUGCAAUGAAUCAUUUUUGCUGCCAGAUUUAUUUACGAGAUAUAGAAGAUGAAUGUACACAUCUGAGCCCCAAUAAAGUGCUACUUUUUUUCAUCGAGAUUAAAACGAAAGAAGCGUAAUCACCUAAUAAAACUUGCCAGCGUUCAACGGCAACUCGUAUUCUUUUCACUUUCGAACAGAAAACGAAACGACGUGUGUAAAUGCAAAAUCGCGUAGUAACCGGAAAAAGGUAACAUUCUCGCAGGACGAAAGAAUUCUGAUCCAGGUGAAAAAGUAGAAACCAUCGCUUAGCGUCGUCACCGCACCAAGUUUCUCAUUUCGAACCAUUUCGUUUCUUCCGUGUCUAAAUUACAGUCUUGCAACGAGCAGCCCCGUUUCGCAGAUAUUUCGUCGACGGUAGUCAACUGGCCUCUUAUAAACGUAUAAAAAAGACGAAUUACCGCGCGAUGGAAAAAGCGACCGCGACGUAUCAUUGAUAACUGCUCGUUUUCCCCCAGAGAAAAGGGGACGAAGGGAAAGAAAGCCUCGCUACUCGACUUAUUAAUUCUGGAAAAUUAAGGCGAACGGUGAUUUCUUCCUCUUCAUCGUCAUAUUCCCUGAGGAAGGCUACCGUGAUCGGUAGACGCAGGUGUAACGAGUCAUCGAUAGAAAAAGAAGCAUCGUCACGGAAAAAACGAGAGGUUUAUCAAAAGAAUCACUCUUGUUCUUCCUUCGCUACGGUUCUACUUAUUCCUCUUUCAUCCCUCAACCCUCACUCUCUCACUCGUUUCGUUUGUUUCCCUUCGAGAGUAAAUUACUACAUUGUAAUCAUAUUUUAUUUUUCUGUUGUUGCUGUUGUGUUCGUUUUACUCCUAAGCUUGUAUAAAAACGAUAGUUUUUUUUUCCAAUACACCAAAGACGAGUGCAUAAAGCAAACUAUAUUGGGACAACAUGAAUUCUGAAUAAAUACUUAAUAUUACAACAAAAUCUUAAGUAUUCUUCGAUAAUGUCACCGCUAUAUAGUUUGUAAGAAAAUAAGAUACUUUACUUGAAAUUUGUAUGUACAGAUAUUACAAACAACGUUUCAUCAUAAUGCAUAGGCAAAUGUGUUUUCUUCAUUUUCAUUUUUUUUUUUUGUUUGUUUGUUUGUUUCUUUACUUCCUUUACUACACACUUUUUCUUAUUUAUACAUGCCGUGGAGCAAGUCUAACGAAUCUGUCCACCUACCUUUCUGACUAUGCACGUUAUCCCUUCUCUCUUGUCGAUACCUCUUUCCCUCUGCUUUCGUUCUAUCUUGGUUGCCUCUUUUCCUUUCGCCGAGAGCAUUCUCCAAGAGUUCGAUCCUCGAAACGGAAACGUACAACGCGUCGAACAGUUCAUCCGUUCGCUCGUUUCUCGACGAACACUGAAAUCUCCUGCCUUACGGGACAAGCUCCACGCACACUCACCCAAUCUCUCUUUUACUCUCUGCAAAAAAGAAAACUAAAAGUAUCGUUUCGACGUUGCUCUGUUAUUGUUCGAUAUUAUUUACAACAAACAGUUUUCCUCGGUCUGUCGACUUAAGGGGACUUGGUUCGACGCGUUCUCCGAUCGAACCUCUGUCGCGUUCGAUAAAAGAUAAAGAAAAAGAAUAAG